ACUUUGGCUGCUAAAAUAUUGUUCAAAACCUGUCUCUCUCAAUCUUUUUUUGAAUCUUUUUACCAGCCAAAAAGUCAGACAGACAUAUAUACAUGUCUAGCUCCUGCCUUAAUAUACCGACCAUGUUUCAAACUUUUGCUCCUGAGGACUUUUUUACUCGCCGGUGCAUAUGGGUGAAUGGACCUGUGAUAGUUGGGGCAGGUCCCUCCGGUCUUGCUGUCAGCGCUGGUCUUAAAAAACAAGGCGUGCCAUUCAUACUCCUUGAACGAGCAGACUGCAUUGCCUCUCUUUGGCAGAAAAGAACUUACGACCGCCUUAAGCUUCACCUUCCUAAACAAUUUUGCCAGCUACCCAACUUUCCAUUUCCAGAGGACUUCCCUGAAUACCCCACUAAAAAUCAGUUCAUAAACUACCUUGAAUCCUACGCAAAACAGUUUGAUAUAAACCCACAUUUCAAUGAGACAGUGCAGUCUGCCAAGUAUGAUGAAACUUUUGGAUUGUGGCGAGUCAAAACCAUUUCAACAGGUGGUCCUAAUCCUGUUGAAGUUGAAUAUAUUUGCCGGUGGCUUGUAGUGGCCACAGGAGAGAAUGCAGAGAAAGUAGUUCCAGAAUUUGAAGGCUUGCAAGACUUUGAUGGCCAUGUAACACAUGCUUGUGACUACAAAUCUGGUCAAAGUUACAGCGGAGAGCGUGUUCUAGUAGUUGGCUGCGGCAAUUCAGGCAUGGAAGUUUCUCUAGAUCUUUGUAAUCACAAUGCAUAUCCGUCAAUGGUUGUUCGACGCUCGGUCCAUGUAUUGCCAAGGGAAGUUUUUGGUAAAUCAACAUUUGAAUUGGCAGUAUUGUUGAUGAAGUGGUUACCUCUUUGGCUUGUUGAUAAGAUAGUGCUCAUUCUGGCGCUUCUAAUACUUGGAAAUAUUGAAAAAUAUGGUCUAAAAAGGCCUUCUGUAGGACCUUUAGAGCUCAAAAACACUGCAGGAAAGACUCCUGUAUUGGACAUUGGUGCAUUACAGAAGAUUAGAUCUGGUGGCAUCAAGAUUGUCCCCGGGAUCAAAAAGUUCUCCAGGGGCAGAGUUGAGCUUGUCAACGGAGAAACUCUUGAGAUUGAUUCUGUCAUUCUUGCAACUGGGUAUAGAAGCAAUGUUCCUUUAUGGUUAAAGGAAAAUGAAUUCUUUUCAAAUGAUGGAGUUCCAAAGAAUCCAUUCCCUAAUGGGUGGAAAGGAAAGGCUGGGCUUUAUGCAGUUGGGUUCACAAGGAGAGGUCUUUCUGGUGCAUCUUUAGAUGCUAUCAGUGUAGCACAUGAUAUUGCCAAAAGCUGGAAAGAAGAAACAAAGCAGAAGAAAAAAUCUAUGGCAGCAAGGCAUCGGAGAUGCAUAUCACAUUUCUGAAACUAUGCUACCAUCUUGAAGUAGUAACUGUUAAUGAAAUGUUCUUUUUCUUUGUGUCCGCUUGUUAGUUCUUUUAUUUGGCAAUUGAUUGAUCAGAAAUGAGAUCAAUUUGUGUAGACAAUAAUGUAGAGCACACAGGACACAGGAAGUAGCCCUCUCCUCUCCUGAAAGAAAAACUCAACAUCUGCCAAUGACCGGGCAUUUUUCGUUUUUGGACAAAGGAAGAUGAGGCUAAUUUAUUGUUUUU